AUUCAAGAUUGCGUUCCUGACAUGGACGUCGCGAUGUGUGUCCUAACAACAGACACAGGCCACGUGCUUCUCAACUACGCCGCGCAGGACACGUCCAUUAGCGCCUCGCAUUUGGGCUCCCUCGUGGCCACAUUACAGCAAUUCUCACACGGCCAGAGCAUGUCGCUUCUGCAACUCGAUACGUACCAUAUCGUGGUGGUAAGUUCUCCUUUGAUCCCCGUGUUGUGCUGUUUGGUGAGCACGACGUCCGAGAACCUUGCCGCCGUGAAGUUGGUGGGCAGCUACAUCCUUCACGAAUGCCUCCAGCAGCACCGCGCCACCAUCGUAUCCAUCGUACAACAAGCAAAGAGCGAUGCAGAAUCGAUGGCUCAUGAAUACACGCUCACGUCAGCGUUGCGUGGCCAAUCCUCCACAGACACCCACGACGACCUCGGGGGGUUCCAAGCGUCGUGCAUCGCGCCUUGCGUGAUGAAUUCCCUCAACCACAAGCUGGGACGAUCCUUAACAGAUGCCAAGCUGUCUCCAGCGAUUGCAGCCGUCUGGGUUGGCCACGUCGACUCGAUCGACAUGGCAUUUCAGUGGCACCAAGUACCUCCAAACACGUUGGCUCCUUGGAUCCUUCUCCCUUGUCUAACAUUCCACCGGUUUCUGCAUGCCUUGGCCGAUCCCACCCAACGAUCUCUCACGCUGCAGCUUCCCCAUGAGCCCCUCUCCGCACGUGCGCUUUGAAGCAUGCCGAUUGCUGCUAACAUCCUUCAGUCGUAGAGUGUCACUGGUUCAUUGCCCUGCAUCUACUCCAUUUGGACGGCUUUGGAGUGGCUGUUCUGUACUCCCAAGAUGGUGCGGUGCUGCCGUUGCCCCCAAAACGCUGCCAUCCAUCGAAUCCCCUUGUUGAAGCCACGGGGAUGCUCGAUAUCGACGGCAAGCCAUGGGCGUUCCGCAAAGGCCCCGCAGAUGCCCCUCCUCACGACGCUGUCCAAGCGCUUUUGGCUGUAUUAACCGCCCCGAAAUCAAGCCUGCCAAAGCCCCUGGCGGUGCAAAUUACAUAACCACUGGUGAUGUGGCAAUACUAUGUCAUAAUGCAAAUCGACUCCGCUGUUGAAUUUCAC